GUCGUCAGGCGGUGCCUAUUCUGGGCUCGGGAAGCCGGAAGUCUCCGUGUCCCGGACGCGAGGAGGCCGAGGGAGCGCUGUGGCUGUGGCGCUGAGGGGACCGGGCUCGUAUAACAAGAGGAUCUCGUAACCAAGCGGAGAUGCAGAGCACUUCCAAUCAUCUAUGGCUUUUAUCUGAUAUUUUAGGCCAAGGAGCUACUGCAAAUGUUUUUCGAGGAAGACAUAAGAAAACUGGUGAUUUAUUUGCUAUCAAAGUAUUUAAUAAUAUAAGCUUCCUUCGUCCAGUGGAUGUUCAAAUGAGAGAAUUUGAAGUGUUAAAAAAACUCAAUCACAAAAAUAUUGUCAAAUUAUUUGCUAUUGAAGAAGAGACAACCACAAGACAUAAAGUACUUAUUAUGGAAUUUUGUCCAUGUGGAAGUUUGUACACUGUUUUAGAAGAGCCAUCUAAUGCCUAUGGACUACCAGAGUCUGAAUUUUUAAUUGUUUUGCGAGAUGUAGUGGGUGGAAUGAAUCAUCUCCGAGAGAACGGCAUAGUGCACCGUGACAUCAAGCCAGGAAAUAUAAUGCGUGUUAUAGGAGAGGAUGGGCAGUCUGUUUAUAAACUCACAGAUUUUGGUGCAGCUAGAGAAUUGGAAGAUGAUGAGCAGUUUGUUUCUCUUUAUGGCACAGAAGAAUAUUUGCAUCCUGAUAUGUAUGAAAGAGCAGUGCUAAGAAAAGAUCAUCAGAAGAAAUAUGGCGCAACAGUUGAUCUUUGGAGCAUUGGGGUAACAUUUUACCAUGCAGCUACUGGAUCACUGCCAUUUAGACCUUUUGAAGGGCCUCGUAGAAAUAAAGAAGUGAUGUAUAAGAUAAUUACUGGAAAGCCUUCUGGUGCAAUAUCUGGAGUACAGAAAGCAGAAAAUGGACCAAUUGAUUGGAGUGGAGACAUGCCUGUUUCUUGUAGUCUUUCUAGGGGUCUGCAGGUUCUACUUACCCCUGUUCUUGCAAACAUCCUUGAGGCAGAUCAGGAAAAGUGCUGGGGUUUUGACCAGUUUUUUGCAGAAACUAGUGACAUACUUCACCGAAUGACAUUUCACGUUUUUUCACUACAACAAAUGACAGCUCACAAGAUUUAUAUUCAUAGCUAUAAUACUGCUACUGUAUUUCAUGAACUGGUGUAUAAACAAACCAAAAUUAUUUCUUCAAAUCAAGAACUUAUGUAUGAAGGACGACGCUUAGUUCUAGAACCUGGAAGACUAGCACAGCAUUUCCCUAAAACUACUGAGGAGAAUCCCAUCUUUGUAGUAAGCAGGGAACCUCUGAGCACUAUAGGAUUAAGAUAUGAUAAAAUUUCCCUCCCUAAAGUACAUCCACGUUAUGACUUAGAUGGGGAUGCUAGCAUGGCUAAGGCAAUAACAGGGGUUGUGUGUUAUGCCUGUAGAAUUGCCAGUACCUUACUACUUUAUCAGGAAUUAAUGCGAAAGGGAGUACGAUGGUUGAUUGAAUUAGUUAAAGAUGAUUAUAAUGAAACUGUUCACAAAAAAACGGAAGUUGUGAUCACACUGGAUUUCUGCAUCAGAAACAUUGAAAAAACUGUGAAAGUAUAUGAAAAGCUGAUGCAGAUAAACUUAGAAGCAGCAGAGCUUGGUGAAAUUUCAGACAUACACACUAAAUUGUUGAGACUUUCCAGUUCUCGGGGAACAAUAGAAACCAGUCUUCAGGAUAUCAAAAGCAAAUUGUCUUCGGGUGGAUUGCUAGCAGAUACAUGGACACAUCAAGAAGGCACUCAUCCAAGAGAUAGAAAUGUAGAAAAGCUGCAAGUCCUGUUAAAUUGCAUCACAGAGAUUUACUAUCAGUUCAAAAAAGACAAAGCAGAACGUAGGCUAGCUUAUAAUGAAGAACAAAUCCACAAGUUUGAUAAGCAAAAACUGUACUACCAUGCAACAAAAGCUAUGACCUACUUUACAGAUGACUGUGUUAAAAAAUAUGAAGCAUUUUUGGAUAAGUCAGAAGAAUGGAUGAGAAAGAUGUUUCACCUAAGAAAACAGUUGUUAUCUCUAACUAAUCAGUGUUUUGAUAUUGAAGAAGAAAUAUCGAAGUAUCAAGACUACACUAAUGAGUUACAAGAAACUUUACCUCAGAAAAUGUUUGCAGCCUCCAGUGGAAUCAACCAUACAAUGGCUCCAAUUUAUCCAAGUUCUAACACAUUAGUGGAAAUGACUCUUGGUAUGAAGAAAUUAAAGGAAGAAAUGGAAGGAGUGGUUAAAGAACUUGCCGAAAAUAAUCAUAUUUUGGAAAGGUUUGGCUCUUUGACCAUGGAUGGUGGCCUUCGUAAUGUUGACUGUCUUUAGCUUUCUAAGAAGCUUGAGAAAGUUUCAGUUUGCACAAGAAAAUACCGUGUGGGCAUUAAAUGAAUGCCACUGUAUGUGGUCUCUUAUUUCUACAAUUCAGUAUUUGAUGUAGGCAUGUAAAUAUGUACUAUAUUGUAAAAACAUAAAAUAUAUAUAUAAAUUUUUGGCUGCUGUUAAGAUGUCUUUUACCUUUUAAAAUAUAUAAUUAUGUGAGAAAAUUGGUCCUCAGUGAGCACUAGAAGAAAGUAAUGACCAAUAUGGUAAGACAGUUUCUCUACUUUUCUGAAUAGGGCUAACUAGAUCAUAUUUUUCUGACUCCCUGUUGGAAAUAUUUUUAAGUGGAACCAAAAUUGGCAUCUUUACAAAUUAGAAAAGACUGAGAGUUGACAUGUUUGUAAGUGGUAGACUGGAGAGGUGUCUGCUGUCACUGGGGAGCAGGACUGAAUGACUUUUACGAGUAUCACAGUCUUUUCAAGGAUAAAGUGGCAUUAUUUCAUUUUACAAUGUGCCCAGAGUCCCAGUUAUCCUUGUAUCUGUUUAAUUUCAGAUGAAUUAUUGAUCAAAAAUUUUAGGUGAUUUAAUUAUUAAAAACCACUCAUUUUCUUUGUGCCAUAAAUGUAUAACUGUCAAAAAUUUUAGGGUCAUUUCAACUGUUUUAAGCUAUAUAUUUCUUCUUUAUUUUAAUUCUGCUUACUUAUUUCAUGGAAAAUAUUAAUAAAUUUCUCAAUUUUAA